AUGGCCAAGGCGGAGAACGAAAUCCAGAGUAUGCUCUCAAAGGGCAUGGACCCAAAGGAGCUACCCUGGUACGAGCCGACAAUCGACGAGAUCCCAGAACCGGCGAAGACCAUACUGGAGAACUAUAGCAAAAUACCAUCAGACCGGGUGUUGCAGCAUGUUGUGGAUGUGAGAGAACGAGCUUAUUCAGUGUUCCCAUACCCUUGCAUUGGGUCAUUCCGCUUUCUUGAUCUGAGCAUCCCUCAGUCCCCCGUCUAUGCCGAGGUCCUUCAACGGCUCAAGUCCGGCGAAAAACUCCUGGAUGUAGGCUGUGCGAUAGGACAAGAGCUUCGGCAACUAGUUUACGACGGCGUCCCAUCGGAAAACAUCUACGCCUCCGACCUACGAAGAGACUUCUUCGACAUCGGCUAUGAUCUAUUCGCCGAUCACGAAACCCUGAACUGCAACUUCAUCGUGGCAGAUAUCUUCGACUCGGACUCCGAGCUGGUGAAAAAGCUUACCGGAAAGGUAAGUAUUGUCAAUGCAGCUUCUUUCUUCCACCUCUUUCCAUGGGACAAGCAGGUCGAAGCUAUCAAGCGGGUUGUUACUCUUCUUCGGCCUGAGCCUGGGUCUCUCUUAAUUGGGAGGCAAGCUGGGAGGACGGAUCCCGAGGAUCCCGAUGAUAAAGAAAAUGCGCCGGGGAAUUACCGGCAUGAUCUUGCUACGUGGAAGAGAAUGUGGGAACAGGUUGAGAGGGAGACGGGGACGAGGUGGCAGGUUGAUUCUUGGAGGGAGGAUUGGCAGGGAGUUGAUAAGGGGUUUGAUAAGUAUCAUGCGAAUGUUGAGUCUUUUAAGCUACGAUUCGUGGUUAGAAAACUAUAG